UUAUGUUUACAGAAAGCAAGAAAUGAGAACAAGCAACAACGUGAACGUGAAUUGGCAAUUCAAAAACGAAAAGAGGAAGCGGAAAAUCGCAAAAAACAUGCUCGCCCGAGCCCAAGUGUCAAUAUAAGUUCAGCUUCACAAGAUUCUGUAGAAGAAAAACAUCUUAUGGACAAUCUCUUGGAAUCUUUAAGAGAUGGAGUAGAUUUGGAUUCUCGAUCUCGAAGGAGACGUGGUGGCAAAGAAAAACGUUUAGGUAGAAAUAUGUCAAUUGCAUUGAAAGCCGAAAAUAUAUUGAAUAGACUCAAAGAAGAUACUCCACCAAUACCAGAUACGUAA